CGGCGGGGAAGAUGGCGGACGGGAAGGCGGGAGAGGAGAAGCCUGAGAAGCCGCAGCGAGCAGGAGCCGCCGGAGUUAAUUCAUGGGAGCCUCUUGUACUGCCACACAAUCUCAGUUCCUGCUGUACACUCUAACAAGCAGUGAAGAGACUGUUGGGUCAGUAGGUGACAGCUGCAGAGGUAUCUUCCUUGUAAAGAUGCUUUUUGAGGUUGCUGCUCCCAUCAAUCUGCUCAGUAAAAAUAGCUCAUCUUGUAAUGGAGGGGAAAGUUCCAGUCGCAGCGCUGAAAAGCGAUCAGCUGAAGACGAAGCUGCAGACCUCCCAACAAAGCCUACAAAGAUGUCCAAGUUUGGAUUUGCCAUAGGUAGUCAGACGACAAGGAAAGCAUCCGCCAUCUCCAUCAGACUCGGAGCAAGUAAGCCUAAGGAAACGGUUCCAACUCUUGCUCCAAAAACACUUUCAGUAGCAGCAGCUUUCAAUGAAGAUGAAGAUAGUGAGCCAGAAGAAAUGCCUCCAGAAGCAAAGAUGCGGAUGAAGAAUAUUGGAAGGGACACACCAACAUCAGCCGGACCAAACUCCUUUAAUAAAGGAAAGCAUGGCUUUUCUGAUAACCAGAAGCUGUGGGAGCGAAAUAUAAAAUCUCAUCUUGGAAAUGUACACGACCAAGACAAUUAAGUGAAGUGUUUUGAGAUUGGGGUGUGGGUGGGUGCACUUGGAAGGAACAGUCUCCUUUUGUUAAGAAAGGUGUAAGACUAGCUUUGGAGCCGUUUUUGUUUUGUGUUUUUUUUUUUUUUCCUCCUUUUUUCUUCUUUUUCUUUCUUUUUUUUUUUUUAAGAUUGAGUGGUACACUAAUAAAUGAGAGUUUGAAAUUAGAGGUAAUUUAUGUUUUAUAUACAGAUUUCAAGACAUUUGCUAAUUUUGUAGUUUCAUGUGAUUAGUUUCCAAAGGUUACAGAUAAUAAAUCAGAAGUGGUACCUUUCUAAGAAUUGCAUAUUUUUUUAGACACAACUAUUAUUAGCACAUUAAGAGGGAAGCCAAAAGUUACUGUCUACUUAAAAUUGUAAGCAGUUCCUCUCCUGACUUCACUCCCUCGUUACCUAAACUGUCUGGCUUCCAGGAACAGCCAUACAGAGAGAGGGAGUAUUGGAUUCAGAAGACAAUGUUACUGGACUAUUGACUGAAAGUAAAUUUAGAUAAAUUAAACCUUUUCCUGUGGGCAUUUCAUUUUGUUUUGGGUUAUCAUAUACUAGUAUUGCAUUGCUAUCAGUGGGUACAGUCGCUUUGCUCUUAAAAAAAUUUUUUUUUGUCAAAAAUUCCUAUGUGAAGUACUUAGUAUUAGAAAUAGCCCACUUUGCUGGAGCUUGCCUCCAUUCAGGAGUCUUCAAAGGACACUAUUUGCUACCAAAGUAAAUCAGUAUUUUGAAUGUGCUUCUCUUGGUUUUUAUUCUAGUUCCUGUAUUUCCAUCAGAACUUGAGGCAAAUCAUAAGGAAGCUGUUUCUUUUAAAGUACAAACCACCACCAAAAAUAUAAAUGUACAUACUGCUUUAAGUAUUUGGCUGGCUUUUAUUUUUUAAAAGGUUUCAAUACCAAAAAAAAAAAAAAAGUAUAACAUUGUAUGACAGAUGAGGCAACAUACUUUCUGUGACUUUUGAAGCAUUUAAGUUACUUAUUAGAUCCAAUUUGAAUUGAACUCAUAAGAUUUCUUAUUUGUACAACUACAUGGCUUAUUUUAAGUAUAUACAUACUGACCAGUGGUUUCAAAAGCACAUUUUAAUGACUGAACUAGGACAGAAAUGCUUCUUCAAACACAUUUUCAUUAUGAGUCUCUCACCACAUGUACUCUUAGAUUUGUGUAUUGCAGGGUGUUUGUUUUGUAUUUUUGUAUUGUAUAUGGGCUUUUUUAACGUGGCAAUUAAAUGCAUCUUUAUUAGUCACAGACAAAAGAAAUAAAUUUUCCUUCAAAUUACAAUGUUAAUUGGAGGCAGCUUCAAUGAGUUUUAUUGGUGGUAAUUGUUCACUAGGUGUUUUUUAAUGUAAUGACUUCCAAGAAGCAGCCUGCCGAUAUUCCUAACACUUUGUUAAUUACAUUUUAGUUUACUUAAUAAGCCCCAAGUAAAACAAUGGAAAUGUACAUAGCACUAUUAGUUCUUACAUGAUUUAAGUAUAUCAAGAUACAUAAAUUUAACUUUUAUGUUGGCAACCUGUCCAUUUGUCCAUUUUCCUGUUCGUUGAAAUAACAUCUCUCCUACAUAUUCUUUACUUGACGCAAAUGACAUAUUAACCUGAGGUCAAGAUGAGGAGAGAGGUGACUGAGCUGAAUGUCUUUACUAAAAUUACAAUAAAUUUUGUCAAACUUG